UCCCCCGGUCUAAAGGACGCGAGCAACAACGAGCAAUCUGCUCCCAUCAUCAGAGUGUCCAUUUUUGGUCUGAAAACCGCAGACAAUCUUAUCUUUGCGAGUGUUCAAAAUGGCGAAAGCGACGGAAUUGGGACAACCCGAAAAAGGCGGACGACUGGCCUCCAGGCUUGUCCACGACUGGCUCUCUGGUCGCCCCGUGGCUGAUAAGGAAUGGCGGGGCCAGAUGGACCCAGCGCUCUUUCAGAGCGAGCCUCCUACCGAAUGCCCUCCGCUGCGCGUCUUUCCCCCUCGUCCCGACGCAGGCCAUGAUCACGACCUCGUGAUCAUCCCCUCGCAGAGCUAUGAUGAUGCACACGAUCCGGAGGGCCAGGGCAGAUCUCUGCUCUCCUGUAUGUGCAGGUACUGCCGCUACCACUUUGUUUUCCACGUCAUCCCUUCGGUCCGCGAGGAUGCCACGGCACACUUGCAACACCACUUCCGUGUGCAGGACACGAGCUGGCACCACUUCGAGGACUCCGAAGUGCCCGAGCCUUGCAAACAGAACCCUCCUCAUGGCCAGAUCCAAUAUGCCUGCACGGUGUGCGGGAUUGCUGUGCACCUCGACAUAUCUUCACCUCGUCUGAAACCCAUGUGGAUCAAGAUGAUCACGGACGAUAAUAGGAUUAAGGAGUCCCUGAGGCUGGCUAAAGAGCGAGACCCGACCCGCUACGCGGACAUCACGCCCGAGAAGGAGACCCUGUUCCGAACAUCUGCCCUUGGCACCUUGCACCAGUAUCUCAAGAAUAUAACCGACGACGAUGGCAAGGGACCCCGUAAGAAGAUCUCCCGGCGGAACAAGACCUUUCAGGUGCAGUUUGGCCGGGACUGCGACCACAUCUUUCGAUACCUGGGAUUUGAGGAGUGGACCGACGAGGUCACCGGAGAGUCUUACAUGCUUCCCCCGCGCCUGCAACCUCAAGAAGGCAAAACUCCCGUUGUGUCAUUGAGGGCAUUUUUCGAAGAUGUAAGAAGCGAGGUGCAGAGCCUGCUGGACGACAAACCACCCUUGAACGGCCAGCCUGUUGUCAAGCCGAUCUCGUCAGCCCGCGAUCAACUGGAGAAGGCUCUCGGCUGCGACAGGAGUCACCGUUCCUUGAGCACGCUAUCCAUUAGCUCGAGCGAGCUUCCGCAUUUUACCACCUUGGGUGCGCCGAUCGAUGCAGACGAUCCCCUGCUCAAGUUUGCCUACAUCAGGCAGGUGGAAACGGAUUCAGAGAGGGCACAAGCCUACCUGGAAGCACUCGGCACCCUCGCAGGUCGCCGGUCCGAAGAUCUCCAACUGUUCGUCUUCAAUCAGCAAGAGGUGAUGUCUCCAAGUCAGAAGCGGGAGGCUGCGCCAGGAGCCGCGGAUGCCAAUCCGGUUGACAGAGCCUACGCCCAUUUCGGUCUUACAAAGCACUACCCCCAGGACCCGGAAUACAUCAUUCGCGUGUAUCGGACCUACAGAGAGCAGUCUCCGGCACAGAAAGCAGACCACCGAGUCGCCUUGCUCGAGAUUGGGAAAGACCAGGACAGCCAAGAAAUUCGGGACGAGGUCUUCGGAAAACCGAUGAAGAUAUCAGAAGCCUGCCAAUUCCUAGGGGUUGAACCAGAAUGGCCGAUGGACUCCAUUGCGGUCACUGCACAGAGCCUGUCGUCGGGGAAGGAUCUGGACUACGUGGACCUUAUCCUUUUAGCGCUCAACACUAUUUCAAACCACCUGCCGGCAGAUGACCCCAACCGUUCCGCUUUCGAAGGCGUCGUGGCUGAGCUACGAUUUGGCCGCUUAUCUCAGUUUACCUCAUCGGGUGAUGACCAUGCUGGCGAUACGGUCUCCGACCCUAUGCGCUCUCAUGAGGCCGUGGACUUUGAUUUGCCCGUCGGGCUUGGUAAUCUUCGAAAUACCUGCUACCUCAACAGCAUACUCCAGUAUUUCUACUCUGUCAACGCUGUCAGAAACCUGGCGAUCAACACCAACCUGCCUUCCCUGGAGCCGACGGAAGCGAACCUCGGCAACAUCCUGCGCACAACUACCAGUAACAACAGUGACGGCUUAAGCCAGAGCCCACCCGACUUGGAAACCGGCAGAGCCUUUGUUGGUCAUGAAUUUACUCGCGAGUUGAGCACCCUUUUUCGAGAGUUGGAUGCCACGGGCGAUAGUUCAAUUCGGCCUCGGCAACGCCUUGCCAAUGCCGCUUUGCUCAGGCCGGAGAAGCUCCGCCAUAGGUCAGCGGACUCUGAGGCCACUCAAGGUGCCAGUAGUAAUGAUGCGCCGCCACUGCCGCCCCGCGCUGCCGAGGGUUCCAUCUCGGAGGCGCCAGGCGCAUCUACGGACGUACCUAUGGUGGAUGUCGAGCGAACGGAAACCGCAAGUUCUGCUAGUUCGCAACAGACCUUGGUCAACCAGCCAGAGGGGGGAGGCGGCCCGGUUACCGCCUCUGAGGAUCGGUGCGGCGACAAGGCCACCGCCGCGGCUGAGGCCUUCCCUACUGAACCAACGCCCUCUAACCCAACUGUCGGUGGCGCCACCCACGGAGGAGUGAAAAUGUCAAAGCUCACUGUCGAGGAGCUGGCCGCGGAACUCGAUAAGCCGAAUGUUGGCUCCGAUCAAAUGGACGUCGACGAAGUUAUGGGAAACGCAAUUGAUCACUUGCGGGCAGCAUUCAAGGUUUCAAGCAUUGGGAAAUACGAUGCCGCACCAGAUCCCAUCGAACAAGCUUUCUUCUCAACCUUCAUUGACAACCGGAAGAAGAUUGGGGAACCAGACUGGAAUCGGACCAGACGAUCUGACCGCUGGGUGACAGCGUACCCGGCCCAGUCAGGGACGCGGGACUUGUAUGAUGCCCUGGCCAACUCAUUUGACCUCGAGCCGCUGCCGGGCGAUCUCUUGUCGUUUACCACCAUCGAACGACCCGCGCCUCAUUUCCACAUCUGCAUCCAGCGAUCUGACGGCGUCAGGAAGAACUCUAACCCUAUCACUAUCCCCGAGACGCUAUAUCUCGACCGCUUCAUGCAUAUUGCGGACACUCAGUCUGUUCUUUUCAAAGCAAGGAAGCGCAAGUGGGACAUCAAGGCGAGACUGAACGAGUUGGCAAACCCAGCGGCGAAGGAGGCCUUAGAGACCGCCAAAGCCGAAUCGCAAGUCGCUGGCCGUUCGUCGAACCCUGGCACACGAAACGAUGACCUUACUGAAGAGGAGGUCGAUGGAUUUCUUGUCAUAGGAGGCCUAGGUUUCCAAGCCCAGGUCCCAUCAUCCAUGGCGGACGUAGCCACUGGCCAGUCGAAAUCAGACGGUACUGGUUUUAGUGAAGAGUUAAAGCAGCUGUUGAGCAAAUACAAUAUUGAGGGACCCGAUAUACCCCAGAGGGGUGCCGCAGAACCGCCAGCAACAGCCCUUGAACCCGCCCCGGCACCGCCUGCGGACCUCGGUGGGUUCUGGGAGAGGUUCGUCGCGGAGGAAAACGAAGAGCGGGAGCGCCUGACGGCCGAGCGGGACAGCCUGUUCGGCGACGCCCACUCGGUGGCAUACCGCCUCCACGCCGUGGUGUGUCACGCGGGGUCGACCGCCUCAGCGGGCCACUAUUGGGUGUGGAUCCACGACUUUGAGCGCGGCGUCUGGCGGAAAUACAACGACGCCACCGUGACGGUCCACCCUUCGGGAGAGCAGGUCCUCGGAGAGCUCAAUUCAAAGGGCGAGCCUUACUACCUUGCUUAUGUCAAGGCGGAUGAGGUAAACGAGCUUGUCAGUAUCCCGCGCCGCCAGCCGCGGCCGCAGCAGGUGCUGCCCCCCGUACCGCCGCGUCCCGAGCGUACGUCGCAGGAUACGGUCAUGGCCGAUGCUGGCCCGAGGGAGGACAUGGUAGCGAGUGUGGAGCAUCUUGAAGAUGUCGAGAUGGAGCCGCCUCCGUAUAACAUCCUGUAGACCGUGGUUGAUCCUGUUUGUAGGAGGGCGAUGGGUAGACAAUAAGAGAGCGGAUUCAUGGAGAAGAGAGCCUGUGGUUGGAGUAGAAGAUCUGGAAGGGGGCAUACCUCCUCUUUACGCAAAGGCCCGUGUAUGGU